CCUUGGGGUGCCCCUAACUAUCGCCCAGGGCCGACCGAAAUUACCGGAUUGCGCGCCAUGUCUAGAUCGCUCCAAUAGGAAAAAAAAAUACUAUGAUUGUGUGAAGGUCGUCGGUUGAAUAAUUUCUGAUUGGGGAAAAAAUACAUAACAACAUCGAAGCGACUAUACCUGCCUAAGCGGCCUCGGAGUCAAAACAUGUCGUCGAUGCGUGGAUUGGUCCAGUUCAUUGCGGACCUGCGGAAUGCGAGAGCUCGGGAUUUAGAAGAGAAGCGGGUGAACAAGGAGCUGGCGAACAUCCGGCAGAAGUUCAAGGGCGGCAGUUUGAACGGGUACCAGAAGAAGAAAUACGUCUGCAAGCUGCUCUAUGUCUACAUCCAGGGUUACGAUGUUGAGUUUGGCCAUCUCGAGGCCGUCAAUCUUAUCUCCUCCACCAAGUACUCGGAGAAGCAGAUCGGGUAUCUGGCUGUCACCCUUUUCCUCCACGAAGAGCACGAGCUGCUGCAUCUGGUUGUCAACAGUAUCCGCAAGGAUCUCCUCGAUAAUAACGAACUGAAUAAUUGUUUGGCGUUGCAUGCGGUCGCCAAUGUCGGUGGCAGGGAGAUGGGCGAAGCCCUUGGUGCCGAUGUUCACCGGUUGCUCAUUUCACCUACGUCUAAAGCGUUUGUCAAGAAAAAGGCCGCGUUGACUCUCCUCCGUCUCUAUCGCAAAUACCCGGGUAUCGUGCAGAACGAAUGGGCGGAACGUAUAAUUUCUCUGAUGGAUGAUCCGGACAUGGGCGUCACUUUGUCUGUGACUUCGCUCGUCAUGGCUCUGGUGCAAGACAAACCAGAUGAAUAUAAGGGGAGCUACGUCAAAGCGGCGCAGCGGUUGAAGAAGAUCGUGGUGGACAACGAUAUCUCCGCCGAUUAUCUCUACUAUCGAGUACCCUGCCCCUGGAUCCAGGUUAAGUUGCUGCGCCUUUUGCAGUAUUAUCCCCCCUCCGAGGAUAGUCACGUUCGGGAGAUUAUCCGCGAAUCUCUGCAGCAGGUCAUGCAUACAGCCAUGGAUACGCCGAAGAAUGUGCAGCAGAAUAACGCCCAGAACGCCAUCCUGUUUGAAGCUAUUAAUCUCCUCAUCCAUCUCGAUACUGAGCACAGCCUGAUGAUGCAGAUCUCGUCCCGCUUGGGCAAAUACAUCCAAUCCCGGGAGACUAAUGUACGCUACUUGGGACUGGAUGCCAUGACCCAUUUCGCGGCUCGAGCAGAGACUCUUGAUCCCAUCAAGAAACAUCAGAAUAUUAUUUUGGGGUCCUUACGUGACCGGGACAUCAGCGUUCGUCGCAAAGGACUGGAUCUUCUUUACAGCAUGUGCGACACCACGAAUGCAGGGCCGAUUGUCAACGAACUCUUACGAUACCUCCAGACAGCCGACUAUGCCAUCCGCGAGGAGAUGGUGCUCAAGGUUGCCAUUCUUACCGAGAAGUAUGCCACCGACGCCCAGUGGUAUAUUGACAUGACCCUGAAACUUCUAUCGCUGGCCGGCGAUCAUGUCAACGAUGAGGUGUGGCAGCGAGUGAUCCAGAUCGUCACAAACAACGAAGAACUCCAGGCCUACGCCGCCCAGACGCUGUUGGGAUAUCUCAAGACUGACUGCCAUGAAAGUCUGGUCAAGAUUGCCAGCUAUGUGCUGGGUGAGUUCGGCCAUCUGAUUGCCGAUACCAAAGGUUCGAGUCCAAUCGAACAGUUCCUAGCCUUGCAAGCAAAAAUGAUCUCCUGCUCAGACAACACCCGGGCCAUGAUCUUAUCGUCCUUUGUCAAAUUCGUCAACUUAUUCCCCGAGAUCAAACCGCAACUCCUACAGAUAUUCCGUCUCUACAGCCACUCUCCUGAUUCCGAGUUACAGCAGCGGGCGUUUGAGUAUCUCUCCCUCGCAACGCUUCCUACCGAUGAUCUUUUGCGGACGGUUUGCGAUGAGAUGCCACCUUUUUCCGAGCGUGCUUCCAUUCUCUUGUCCCGGCUACACCAGAGAACCGCAGGGACCAGCGACAAGAAGACCUGGGUCGUGGGCGGGAAAGACGCCAACGCCGACGACAAGGAGGUCCUGAUGGCGCAGAAGACGGGCCUCAAGCGCACUUUCACUACGAUUGUUCAUGGUGGCAACAGGGCGCCAAACGGUUCCGCCAAGUCUUCGGACGAUCUCGCCGGACUGGAUCUCAACAGCCCUGUAACUCCCUCGGCCCCCGCGCCCAACAUGGCCAGUGCCGCACACUUGACGCCGGACUGGGAGGCCGGAUACAAUCGCAUGUAUUUCACGGAUGAAGGUGUAUUGUUUGAGGAUGCGCAGAUCCAGGUUGGUUUACGGUCCGAGUACCGAGGCCACAUUGGGGUCGUGAAGAUCUACAUCACGAAUAAAUCGUCAUACCCGAUCGGCUCGCUGACCACGACGCUGGACAACCGGGCGGCUCCGAACCUGAAGAUCGACACGCGGAAUUUACCUGAUUCGACGGUGCAUGCCGCAGCUCAGACGCAGCAGACGCUAUUCUUCGAGGCGCACGGCGCCUUCUCCGAUGCGCCAACCAUCCGCAUUUCGUACCUGGCCGGUGCACUGCAAGCGUACACGCUCCAGCUGCCCAUCCUGAUGCAUCGAUACCUAGAACCGUCGAGCCUGUCGGCGGAAGAGUUCUUCAAGCGAUGGAGACAGAUUGGCGGUGCGCCGCUGGAAGCCCAGAGCACAUUCAGCGUGGCGGGCAAGAACAAGAUGAUUGACGAGGCAUAUACCCGGCGCGUCGUGGAAGGGUUUGGCUGGAAGAUCCUCGACGAUGUCGAUCCAAACCCCAAGAAUCUCGUCGGCUGUGCCGUCUACCAGUUUGAGAAGGGCAAGACGGGCUGUCUGCUCCGAUUGGAGCCGAACUACGAGAAGAUGAUGUACCGCGUUACUAUCCGAGCUACACAAGAGGCGGUGCCGCAAUGCUUGACCAAACAGAUGGAGCAGAAGCUGUCCGAGGGCUUCAGGAGGGGCGGGUUAGCAUGAUUUGGAACUCCUUUCCUGGUUGUAUAUAGGUGAUAUUGAGCAAAGAGCAUUGACGAUUAGCGUUGAUGAUCUGUACAUCGGC